CAGCUAUACGCUAAUUGACAAACUUUGACAGCUACGGAUAAACAUUGGCGUGCAGAAAACACAUUUCACAACAAUACCGCAGUCCCGUCAGCAGCAUACAACACGUUUUUUACUGAGAUUGCACAAAAAGUGGUUAAAUUAUCGACAAAGAAGCUACCCAAACAGUCAGCAACAUGUCUAGCUUUACGUGCCUUAACUGUGGCGUUCGUUUUGCGACCGCCGAAAUGCAGCGAGAGCACUACAAAACCCACUGGCAUCGGUACAACCUGAAGCGCAAGCUGGCCGAACUGCCGCCCGUAACGAUAGAGGAGUUCGAGAAACGGCUUAUCCAGCAGAAAACGGAAGACGCCGCCGCGCAGGAAGACCAGUCGCUGUAUUGCAAAGCGUGCCGGAAGGUGUUUAAAACGAAAAACGCUCACGACAACCAUCUGGACAGCCGGAAGCACAAGGACAAUCUGCAGCAGUACCUCGCCCAAAGCAAUGGUACGAACGGAGGCCCCAGUGGCUCGGCGCCGGAAGGCACGCGGAUGGACGCGGAGGUGGAAGUAUCGGUAAAGUCGACACGCGCGGCAGCACGAGCCGCAGCAGCGGCCGAAGCCGAGGCGGCAGGCGACGAGGAGAUGGUCGAGGACGGCGACUCGGACGAAUGGGAAGAUGUCGAGUUUGAAAAUCCGAUCGAGCGGAACGAUUGCAUCUUCUGUGCGCACCACAGCGAGGAUCUGCUGGAGAACAUCAAGCACAUGUCGAUCGUCCAUUCGUUCUUCAUCCCGGACGCGGAGUUCUGUGUCGAUGUGGAGGGUCUGCUGACCUACCUGGCGGAAAAGGUGUGCCGGGACUACAUCUGCCUGUGGUGCAACGAGCGGGGCCGAACGUUCUACUCGAUGGAGGCGGUUCGCAGCCACAUGACGGAGAAGGGCCACUGCAAGAUGCUGCACGAGGGUGGUGCACUGGCCGAGUACGUCGAUUUCUACGACUACAGUAGCAGCUACCCGGACCACGAGGAGGGCAUGGAUGUGGACGCGGAACUCGACCCUUCGAACGCGUUGGAUGGCGACGAGUUCCAGCUCGUGCUGCCGUCCGGUAACGUGAUAGGGCACCGAUCACUGCUCCGCUACUAUAAGCAGCGCAUCAAUCCAAACCGGGCCGUUGUGGUGAAAAAAUCGACCCAGAAGCUGCACAAGGUACUGGCACAGUACCGGUCGCUCGGAUGGACCUCGACGCAGCAGGAGGCCGCGGCACGGAACGCGCGCGACAUGCACGUCAUGAAGCGCCAGCAAGCUAAGCUCAUGCAGCAGGUCGGCGUGAAGGCGAACAAGCUGCAGCACCACUAUCGUCCACAGGUUAACUUCUAAAACACACACAGGUUGCGAUUGCGAAAUAAAGAGUACACGUACAUCAGGAAGCAGGAAAGGUAAUUCCUAUCAUUCCACGGUACAACAAGCUCAUCUUUACUGAAGAAAACAUUUGCCCGAAAGAAAUCACAGCCACGCAUGAGAAUACGCCUGCUUGUCAAAACUGUAAUCAAUCGGUGAGUAAUUGCAAUCUUUUCGUGCGUGUCAUCAUGUGGUCAUAUAACUUCCAUGCGUUGCCAGGCAACAGACAGAAAAAAAUGUACGCUUGGGCAGGCUAUUUUUCAAAAUUUCUUUUUGCCAUUGUUUUUACUUCUUUUCUCGUUUUCCGCUUCCACAGGUUCAUACAUGCUCCAGCGCACACACGCACACAGGUUAGAUUUUUUACGUUCCUCUUCUGUUUGGGGUUUCAUGAUUAUUUUUGUUUCUUUCCGUUUUUCUUAUCAUGUUUUAACGCCCUUCUUUCUUCGGCUCAUUUGUUUCUCACUUAUUUGUUAUGCGUUACCGUGCUUAACACUUUUGCUUUCUCUCUUUUCAUGCAAUCCACGUGAUCUCACGUGCUUUCAGUGGGGGUUGAAGGUAAUUCUACUUUCUUCUGCUGCAGCAGAAACUCAACUCAUCGCCGAAUUUUACAUUGCUUACACGCUGCCAUGUUCUACUGCUGGAAAAGAUCAUUCGCCCUCCUUUUCUUCCUUCUUUUUUCUGUUGUUCCGUUGUUUGCAUUUGCGCUACCCGGCUCUUGUCAGCUUCCCUCCAUGCCGCGUGUUCACUGGCGAAGGGCAUAUUACGGCUUAAAUUACGCUAAACAUUCUAUUUCUAUAUGACUGAUUCGCUUCCAUGUAUUUCACCACUUGUGUUACCCAAUCAUCUUGUAUUGUUUUGUCUUAUUUUCUUUUUUUCAUUUUAGCACAAAAAACCACCAUCCGAGGCCCCUCUCCUCCUCUCCACCGGACCAGAUCCUCUCGUUUCAUUAUCGUUUCCUAAUCCCGUAAUUCGCUUCCCAAUUAUUGCUACGCGUCCGCGGAUAUGCGCACGUGCUCUCCGCCACACAAACACACACACGCGCACGCACGCACGCAUGCACGCACAAUCCGUGUUGCUUUCUUUUUAAGAUUAUUAAUUUAGCUUCCAUCCUUCAACUCCGCGCGCGCCACCCAACGUGGUCCUCCCAUUGACUAACGCCUUACCCCAUUCGUGGAUCGCUCAAAACUGUACAAGCGCCAUCCGGUCUGCAUUCGUGUUCAGUAUCAAAUCAUAAUCCAUUUAUCUUGUACCACCGAGCAGCUAGUUUGUACCUUCUACACUCUCCCUUUGUCCAGCUCCUCCUUCACACGCCGGGGGAUACUUUUCUUCUGGCAAAGGCUAAGUUUUGUUCGCUUCGUAAGGAAUUGGGCAUUCUUCUGUAUCGGAAAGAAGUCCACCCUGCUUCCUUGCUGUCCUCCCGCCGUGUCGUCCGUAUGUAUGUAUGUAUGUAUGUGUAUUAUGUUGCAAUGAGUUUGUAUAGAAUAUAAAUAUAAUAAUAAUAAUUUACGCAUCUUGCGGCCCGCAAAUCGCGCCCGUGCCUCGGGAGAAGACCCCUUCUUCACCCUUCUGCCACCAGACUCACAAUCGCUAUGCUAUUGAAUUUACUGUAUUUUAUGCUGAUCUUACACGUUGCGCCCCCCCCCCCCCUCCCUCCAUCCUCCAUCACUUACUUUACACCGUGCAACCCCACGCUGCUGCUCGUCUCUGUACAUGUUACAACACCAGGUAAUGUUAUACUUUGCUUAAUUCGCGACUGAUUUAUCUAGUUACUUGCAUACAUCGUGUGCCG